GCCUGCACUACGAGGCACCCGGACUGAGAACCGCCUCGCCCCACCCCUGCCCGGGCGAAUCCGGGUGGUGAGUUCCGGGCGGCCGCGGAACCAGGUCCCAGUGCAGGCCCUUCCUCCUUCCUCGUCCCGCGUCUCCAGCGGUGCCCGCUGCGCCGGAGCCCCGAGAUUCAGCCGCCCCCACACAGAUGCCCACCCACGGCCUCCUGGUCCUCCAGACCUCACAGAUGUCACCACGCUCAUGACAGUGAUUCAUUGCCGAGAUAGUACUGCCGUUUGGAACAAGGGAAGUACAAUCUGCAGCUUCUCAUAUGCAUUCGCCACCUUUCAUUUCCAGAGAGCUUACAAGGACUUGAUUCAGCUGCACCUAUUUGUUUUGCGGCCCCUUUGCUUUUACCCUGUCCGAAGCCAGCAUGUCGCUGAAAACUGAGCCAAUAGUAAACAUAUCUGCGCUGCAGAAAAUCGCUGCUGACAUGAGUAAUUUGAUAGAAAACCUGGACACGCGGGAGCUCCACUUUGAGGGAGAGGAGGUGGACUACGAUGUGUCUCCCAGCGAUCCCAAGACACAGGAAGUGUAUAUCCCUUUCUCUGCUAUUUAUAAGACUCAAGGAUUUAAGGAGCCUAACGUACAGACGUACCUCUCUGGCUGUCCAAUAAAAGCCCAAGUUCUGGAAGUGGAGCGCUUUACGUCUACAGCAAGGGCACGGAGUAUCAAUCUUUACACUAUUGAAUUAACACAUGGGGAAUUUAAAUGGCAAGUUAAAAGGAAAUUCAAGCAUUUUGAAGAAUUUCACAGAGAACUGCUCAAGUACAAAGCCUUUAUCCGAAUCCCCAUUCCCACCAGAAGACACACAUUUAGAAGACAGAAUGUCAAAGAAGAGCCUCGAGAGAUGCCAAGCUUGCCCCGUUCCUCUGAAAACACGAUGAAAGAAGAACAGUUCCUUGGCAGGAGGAAACAACUGGAAGAUUACUUGACAAAGCUACUAAAAAUGCCCAUGUAUAGAAACUAUCAUGCAACAACAGAAUUCCUUGAUAUAAGCCAGCUGUCUUUCAUUCAUGAUUUGGGACCAAAGGGCAUAGAAGGCAUGAUAAUGAAAAGAUCCGGAGGACACAGGAUACCUGGCUUGAAUUGCUGUGGUCAGGGAAGAGCCUGCUACCGGUGGUCAAGAAGGUGGUUGAUAGUGAAAGAUUCCUUUUUACUGUACAUGAAGCCAGACAAUGGAGCCAUCGCAUUCGUCCUGCUGGUGGAUAAAGAAUUCAGAAUUAAGGUGGGAAAGAAGGAGACAGACACGAAAUAUGGACUCCGAAUUGAUAACCUUUCAAGGACACUUAUUUUAAAAUGCAACAGCUAUAGACAUGCUCGGUUGUGGGCAGGAGCUAUAGAAGAAUUCAUCCAGAAAUAUGGCAGCAACUUCCUCAAAGAUCACCGAUUUGGGUCAUAUGCUACUCUCCAAGAGAACAUUUUAGCUAAAUGGUAUGUUAAUGCCAAAGGAUAUUUUGAAGAUAUUGCAAAUGCGAUGGAAGAAGCAAAAGAAGAGAUUUUUAUCACGGAUUGGUGGUUGAGUCCAGAAAUCUUCCUGAAACGCCCUGUGGUUGAAGGAAAUCGUUGGAGGUUGGACUACAUUCUUAAACGAAAAGCACAAGAGGGGGUGAGGAUCUUCAUAAUACUGUACAAAGAGGUGGAACUUGCACUUGGAAUAAACAGUGAAUACAGCAAGAAGACUUUAAUGCGUCUGCACCCCAACAUAAAGGUGAUGAGGCACCCAGAUCACGUGUCGUCCGCCGUAUAUCUGUGGGCUCAUCAUGAGAAACUUGUCAUCAUUGACCAGUCAGUGGCCUUUGUAGGCGGGAUCGAUCUGGCCUAUGGCAGGUGGGAUGACAAUGAGCACAGACUCACAGACGUGGGCAGCGUGAAGCGUGUCAUCUCUGGACCGUCUCUGUGUUCCCUCCCAUCUUCACAGGCUGAAAUAACAGAAUCUAUGGAAUCCUUAAGCCUCAAAGAUAAAAAGGAGUCUGCAAAAAAUCUGCCCAUCCUGAAGAGUGCUGAUGAUAUGGAUUCAAAACUGAAAGGCAUAGGCAAACCCAGCAAGUUCUCCAAAUUCAGCCUCUACAGGCAGUUGCACAGGCACCACCUGCACGGCUCCGACAGCCUCAGCAGCAUCGACAGCGCCUCCAGUUAUUGUAAUCACUGUAGGAGUCAUCAGAAUUUAAUCCAUGGUUUAAAGCCCCACUUGAAACUCUUUCGCUCUUCCAGUGAUUCUGAGCAGGGGCUCCCUAGACCUGCCAUAGACACGGGCUCAGUCCGCAGUUUGCAGACAGGUGUGGGAGAGCUCCAUGGGGAAACGCGAUUCUGGCAUGGAAAGGACUACUGCAAUUUCGUCUUCAAAGACUGGAUCCAACUGGAUAAACCCUUUGCUGAUUUCAUAGACAGGUACUCCACCCCCCGGAUGCCAUGGCAUGACAUUGGCUCUGUGGUCCACGGGAAGGCGGCUCGUGAUGUGGCACGUCACUUCAUCCAGCGCUGGAACUUCACCAAGAUUAUGAAACCAAAAUAUCGGUCCCUUUCUUAUCCUUUUCUACUUCCAAAAUCUCACACAACAGCCCAUGAGUUGAAAUACCAAGUGCCUGGGUCCGUCCGUGCUAACGUUCAGUUGCUCCGCUCUGCUACUGAUUGGUCUGCUGGGAUAAAGUACCAUGAAGAGUCCAUCCACACUGCUUACGUCCACGUGAUAGAGAACAGCAAGCACUAUAUCUAUAUAGAAAACCAGUUUUUUAUAAGCUGCGCGGAUGACAAGGUUGUGUUCAACAAGAUAGGCGACGCCAUUGCCCAGAGGAUCCUGAGAGCUUACAGGGAAGGCCGGAGAUACCGGGUGUAUGUUGUGAUACCGCUUCUGCCAGGGUUUGAAGGAGACAUUAAAACGGGCGGAGGAAACGCUCUCCAGGCGAUAAUGCACUUCAACUUCAGGACCAUGUGCAGAGGAGAAAAUUCCAUCCUUGGACAGUUAAAAGUAGAGCUUGGCAAUCAGUGGAUAAAUUAUAUAUCAUUCUGUGGUCUUAGAACACAUGCAGAGCUUGAAGGAAACCUAGUCACUGAGCUCAUCUAUGUCCACAGCAAGUUGCUAAUUGCUGAUGACAACACUGUUAUUAUCGGCUCUGCCAACAUCAAUGACCGAAGCAUGCUGGGAAAGCGAGACAGUGAAAUGGCGGUCAUUGUGCAGGACACCGAGACGGUCCCUUCAGUGAUGGAUGGAGAAGAGUAUCAGGCGGGCCGGUUUGCCCGCGGACUUCGGCUACAGUGCUUUAGGGUUGUCCUUGGCUAUCUUUCUGACUCAAGUGAGGACAUUCAGGAUCCAGUGAGUGACAAAUUCUUCAAGGAGGUGUGGGUUUCAACGGCAGCUCGAAAUGCUACAAUUUAUGACAAGGUGUUCCGGUGCCUUCCCAGUGAUGAAGUGCACACUUUAAUUCAGCUGAGAGACUUUAUAACCAAGCCCAUAUUGGCAAAGGAAGAUCCCAUUAGAGCUGAGGAGGAACUGAAAAAGAUCCGUGGGUUCUUGGUGCAAUUCCCCUUUAAUUUCUUGUCUGGAGAAUGCCUACUGCCUUCUGUUGGAACCAAAGAAGCCAUGGUGCCCAUGGAGGUUUGGACUUAAGAGUUAUCAGCUCAGAGACUUCCACCCCAAAGAGCGCACUGCGCACAGUGACUUUCUGAAGCCUAACAGCCAAGAACAGCCUGAUGCACUCUUGUGUCCAACCCAUGGACCCUUUGGGUUGGUUGGGAAGGGCUGAUGUAAUGACACUGAACGUCAUCAGGGCUUUACAUUCCUCCUGCCUAUCCUUUGAGAAAGGGACUGCAUUCUUAUUGGUAGUAUAUACUCAACAACUUGAACACAUAUGCAAAUUCCAUGAUGUACACCAAAGUGCAUUUCCCUUACCAACCACAAUUUACCUGUAACUGUGAUCUAGGUUGCCAAAAGUCAUCUGAACUUCCUUAUUCUUCUCUGACUUUCAUUUAUGCAGCUAAUGUCUGCUGGACCUGCCCUCAUAGUCCAUACAGCACUGGUUGAGAUCUUGUUUAUUGUUAGAAGGUAUCAUGCUGCUGCUUCAAGGUUCUUCAAGGUUACGUGCAAUGCCCUUGCCCAUCUGGUCCUGAAGUGGUAGUGUUCCCCAAGCAAGGAUGCUGUCAUUAUUCCUUUUCAGUGACUGACAGGAUAGUAAAGACUCUACACAGCAGCCCAUGUUAGGCAGUUCUGAUAACAUUGACACUCGAUAAUACAUAUCCUGACACCACAGAGCAACAGGAAGGAAUUAAAUUCAGUUAUUGAGACAGAGAUUUCACUUUGCCUCUAAAGGCACUGACAAGAUGUGUCCUUCUGAUGAGGCCUGCCUGAUCAAGUUUGAAAACAUGUGUAGGAUAUUUGAUUACACAGCAACCGAUAAAACUCAAAGACAGAGCAUGCAGCCUUCAGAAACCUCCAGGUGUCAGUGGGGAUCUGAUCCAGAUAAGAAAAUAAGAUUCCUUAGAGUCCUGCAAAAUUUCCUGUCAUCCUUCGCUGCUGGAUUGAUUGAAAUUUGAGGCUUUUCUAUUUCAAAAUCAAACCAGUGAAUGCAAUUUGUCUUUCAAGAGAAUCAGGUUUUAUAACUCAUACCAAGUUAAUAAGUAGGAGCCCAGCCUUAUUUGACACUCAGCUCUCCAGCAGUGUUAUCUUCUUAAAGAAAAAUUGAUUGCUAAAGAUGUGCUAUUUCACUUGCAUUAUUAAAUAUACAUUAACAUUCCACCAGGGCUUCCAAAGAGGUUAGGAUAUUCAUUAAUUCAUACUGUUCUAGUCUGUGAAUUGUUCUCGAAACCUUUUUUUUUUUUCCUUUUUGGACAUUAGAGUGCCUUUUGGUACACCAUAGCUCUAAUUUUACUAAGCAGAACUAUUUUUAUAGCCAAAGAGCUAAUGUUGGCUCCCAAAAGGCUGUGUCCAUAAAACAUGAGGUAGGUGCAAUGCUUUUAUGUCUGGGGAUUACCUGGACAGAAUCUCAUUUGGGUUCUUCAAAGAAGCAAGGACCCAACCCUGUUUUCGUUGAGCUCAUAGUCCAGUGGGAAAGGUUAAUUAGGGGCACAAGGUCAGUGAUCUUAGGAGAGGAUUUCACAGCUAGAAAACUUUUUACAAAUGAAGUGGGACUGGGAUUGUGUAAUCAACAAUGGAAAUGAGUAGGCUUUAUGAAUAAAUAACUUUUUUCUUAGAUAGCUAAUCAUGGUAACAGAACUUCAUUCUUUAGCAGUUGUAAAUAAGACAUUUGUUAUUUAUGAAGUUUAGAUUGGCAUUUCAAGUGUUGAGUGUAUGUGGAAUGCCUAAGGAUUUCUUAUAUUUCAUUUUUAAACAUUUUUAAAAAUCAUAGAACAGUCAUCAAACUGGCUCUUGACUUUGUGCAAGAGUCUCCUUUAAAACCAUGAAAAAAAGAGCCUAAAAAGAUCCUUUCCCUUUAAAAAAUUACUUAAUUCUACUUCCCCUCAUUUUACAGAGUGGUUGACCUUAGAGAUCGUGAACCUGGAACUCAUGUAAUGUCUAGAGUUCAUUAUUGGCCUCUCCUCUCACUUUAUCAUAGAUGUCAGUACACAGAUUUCAGAAAGGAUCUUUCAAAGCAAUUUUGAAACCCUGUGAUAUUAUGUAUUUAGGUGUUAUGUCUGUCUCCCCCUACUAGAAUGUAAGCCCCCUGGGGCAGGGACUUUCCUGUGUUUUGUUCAAUGUACCCCAGAGCCUAGAACAGUGCCUGGUACAUACAAGGUGCUCAAUAAAUGCUUGUUGGGUGAAUAAAUGAGGUGGAGGAGAGUGCUAAUGAAAUGAAAAACUUACAUUAACUCAGACAAGAAAUCUUCCUGCUGGUUUCCGUGGCAAGUUUUUUUUUUUCUUUCCUACUGCAUCUUCUCAAAGGCAAGAUGCUCAUCUGCAAAGAUGAAAGGCUACAAGAUUUACUUGGAUGGAUUUUAUGGAAAAUUUGGUGCAAUAAUUGCCUGUUUUAUAAUAGCAGUUUACAUAGUUGAGCAUUCUGCAAAAAUUGCAUAGGAUGUGGACAUGAGAUGUACUGUGUGGCCUAAUUACCCUUCAUCCUCUGGCACCAUUACUACCUAAUCUAUCUUUAACAAUUGCAAUGUCUGAUACAAACUUAAAAAUGCAAAUGAUCCAAAGCCUUGAAAAACUAUUAUGAAUCAGUUCAACGUUUCCAACUGACUGUAAUCUUUUGGAACACCUAUAAUGUUGUACCUGUCACUCUGAUAAUCUCUGGAAUAAUUUUUGUUUCCAAGAAGGAAAAUUCUAUGAUUAUAAGAAAUGAAGGGUAAAAAAAAGUUAUUAAAGCUAUUCAGAUUGGCCGAGCUCAGUGGUUGGAAGACAUAGCAGGUCUGGUACAGGCAUUGCUCUGUAUCAAGUGUCCACUUGGUGACUCACCUUGCAGUGGGAUGUUCUGAAUUCUCCGCUGUAAUGCAUCAUUGAAAGGACUACAGAGCUGGUCCUUAGGUAAUUCAGUGGCUUAUUGUAAAACAAAACAUUGGUUUUAUUACCACCUUUGGAAGAAAAUUUGCCUAUAGAUUGCCAAAAAUUAGCAGUUAAUUUCUUAUGUAAUAACUUGAGAAAUUGUAAUUAAUUUCAAUGAACAGAUGAAAACAGCAGGCCCAGAAAUCUUUGUAAAUGGAAGACUACAGGCUGAACAGGUUUUGUACAUCAUGAAGAACUGGGCUUCUUUCUGCAACUCCUCACUCCUUGUUCCUUCAACCUCCGUCCACAAUCAGACCACCUCCUCAGUAUGUAAACAGUUUUAGAGGACCAGAAAAAGUCUUUUGGAAAAAACAAAAUUAGGCCUCUACACUAAAUCUUCAGGUUAGCUUUUAAGUGACUGACAAAAUGUCAUUUUUUAACAAGGUAAUCAUUCUUUUCAGCAUCCCACUGCGAGGUGAGUGGCUGAGUAGGAUUGGCAUUUGAGCAUACUCACAUGCCUGUCCCCUGUGUAGCAAGGAUGCAGAGGACCCUCUGAGACUUCUCUUCCCUCUUGGAUAAAGUGAGCAAAUGCUAAAGGAUGUUAAGUAUGUUUUGGAAUACAUUUUUACUUCCUUGGAAGAUCCUCUGAGACCAAUCCUUACUGGCAGUUUAGAGGUUUCAAAUAGGUCAUACCAGGCAUAGGCCUUGAGAAAUUCUGAAUCUGGCAAUUCACUGGAAAAGGCAUUUGUCAGCCUCUAUCAAAAAAAUUGCAGGUGAAGAAUCAAUGGAUUUGCAUUAUUGAGGGGAAAGGGCCAGUACCACAAUAUGAUUCCUAAUGGCAUUUAGUUCACAUGUGAGAUAUUUCUGGCUUUGACUUGAGAGUGAAGGAUUCAUUAAAGGGACCAAAAUUUU